AUGGCCAUCGGGAGAGGGAGAGUGUGGCUUCUGGUCACCAGUCUUCUUGCAGCACUCAUAUCGUUCCGCAUGUCAGCACUCCGCAAGAUGGCAGACCAGUCCUUCUCCCUCGCGACCCGCGUCAAGCUCAACAGCGGCUUGUCACUGCCACGGAUCCACCUGGGAGUGUACCUCAUGAAUGGGCGUGAGGCGAACCAGGCAGUCCAGUAUGCAUUGGAAGCUGGAUACCGUGCGUUUGAUAGUGCGCAGAUGUACCACAAUGAGAAGGAUGUCGGCACAGCCAUCUCGGACUACUUGAAGUCGCAUCCGGAUCUGAAACGGGAGGACAUCCAUUACACUUCCAAGCUGGCCAGUAACAGCGAUUAUGAUCGUGCGAGAAAGAGCAUAACGAAGAGUGUGAAAGAGUGCGGUCUUGGUUAUAUCGACCUGUUUCUGCUGCAUAGUCCGUAUGGUGGUAAGACAGCAAGACUGGAGAGUUGGCGAGCAGUGGGAGAUGCCAUUCAAGACGGCGAGGUCAAGAUCGGAGGCGUGAGCAACUUUGGCGUGAAACAUAUCGACGAACUCCUCGCCUCCAACCCACGAAUCAAACCCGCCGUCAACCAAAUCGAAGUCCACCCCUUCAACACCCGCACAAACAUCACCUCCCACUGCCAGAGUAAUGACAUCGUGGUCGAGGCCUACGCACCUCUAGCAAGAGCUUUGAGAAUGAAGCACCCCACAAUCGUGGAGCUCAGCAAGAAAUACGGGUGUACGUCUGGGCAGCUGCUGGUGAGGUGGUCGUUGCAGCAUGGGUUUGUGCCGUUGCCCAAGAGUGUGAAGAAGGAGAGGAUACGGGAGAAUGCCGAUAUUGGGUUCUUCCAGAUCGAGACGGGGGAUAUGGAGAGGAUGGAUGGGUUGGAUGAAUAUCUUGUUACUGAUUGGGAUCCGGUAGACGCGGACUAG